UCAUUUCUCCGUCUGGACGCCGCCCCGGAGAGAUAUGCUCAGCCCAAACCGCCUGGAAGCGUCUCCUGGGAUUGCCUUGGCCCCCAGGCGUGCGGAGUGCGGAGCCUUCCCUCGGACGGCGAGCGCGGCCCCCCGGCUUUGCCUCCCCCUCGUCCUCCUCCUGCUCGCCCUGACACCCCGCGCCGACUCUUCGUGGUGGUACAUCGGGGCGCUGGGCGCCAGGGUGAUCUGCGACAACAUCCCCGGGCUGGUGAACAAGCAGCGGCAGCUGUGCCAGAGGUAUCCCGACAUCAUGCAGUCGGUCGGGGAGGGAGCCAAGGAGUGGAUCCGGGAAUGCCAGCACCAGUUCCGGCACCACCGCUGGAACUGCAGCACCCUGGACCGGGAUCACACAGUCUUCGGCCGGGUCAUGCUGAGAAGCAGCAGGGAGGCCGCCUUCGUCUACGCCAUCUCCUCGGCCGGAGUGGUCUACGCCAUCACGCGGGCGUGCAGCCAAGGGGACCUGAAGGCCUGCAGCUGCGACCCCCUCAAGAGGGGCCGCGCCAAGGACGAGCGCGGGGAGUUCGACUGGGGCGGCUGCAGCGACAACAUCAACUACGGGAUCCGGUUUGCCAAAGCCUUCGUGGAUGCCAAGGAGAAGAAAGUGAAGGAUGCCCGGGCACUGAUGAACCUGCACAACAAUCGCUGCGGGAGGAUGGCAGUGAAGCGCUUCCUGAAGCUGGAGUGCAAGUGCCACGGGGUCAGCGGCUCCUGCACACUAAGGACUUGUUGGCUGGCAAUGUCAGAUUUUCGAAAAACAGGGGAUUACCUAAGGAAGAAAUACAACGGGGCCAUCCAGGUGACAAUGAACCAGGAUGGCACUGGCUUCAUGGUGGCCAACAAGAACUUCAGGAAGCCCACAAAAACAGAUCUGGUGUAUUUUGAGAACUCACCUGAUUACUGCGUGAUGGACAAGUCAGCAGGCUCCCUGGGCACCGCCGGCCGCGUCUGCAGCAAAGCGUCCCGCGGGACGGACGGCUGCGAGGUGAUGUGCUGCGGGCGGGGGUACGACACCACCCGCGUCACCCGCGUCACCAAGUGCGAGUGCAAGUUCCACUGGUGCUGCGCCGUGCGCUGCAAGGAGUGCCAGGACACUGUGGACGUGCACACGUGUAAAGCGCCGAAACGGGCCGAGUGGCUGGACCAGACCUGAGGAGACGGGAGCAGGGAGAGACGAGGCCGCUGCCACCCCCCGCAGUUCUUUACAAACCUGUGCCCCGAGGGCCGUGACGUUCUGGGAGCUGUAGUUCAACUGCAUGGCUUUUAUUUAAUUAAUUCCGCAAAGCACUAAAGAAAGGACUACAUUUCCCAGGAGGUACUGUGGACCCUUCUAUUUGCUCAGCAAAACUAAUCCCCAACCUAGGAGGGGUCUGCAAUCUUUGCUUAAACUGUGAACCUGCCGCGGCCCUUUGUUCUCUCUGCAAAGGGAACGUGCCACUGAUACGGACUUGGAGGACCAGUCGUCAGGAUGGGAUGGGUGAGGAGACCUGCACACACACCCACACCCCCGACAAUUUCUGUUGCAGUGAAGUUUCACCAGUGAAAAACACUCGUUCAGAAUGAUCCACUUUUGCAGAAAGCAUUCUUGCUUUUACUCUUUUGCAAGGCCAGGGAAGGGUGCUGAGAAUCCCUCAGGCAGCUCCGGGAGCCCCUCGAGCAGACCCGGCCACGCUGCUGACCCUGCUGAGCAAGAGCAGCCUCUACACGAGGCUUCUCCCUGUCUCCCCAGUGAAGGCAACAAGUGGAGCUGUAAAUUGGGACUGAAACCUGAACGACUGCACAAAGGGCCACCACUAGAUGCUGGCAG